CAAUGGUUUUAAAAAUAUUUAAAUUAUUAUUAGUCAAGAACAGGACCAUAGAAUCAAGUAAUAUUUGAUGGGGAGAAGAAGAAUUCGAUUAGAACUUAUAAUGGUAUCCUUAUUUAAUUGAUACAAUAGAUAAUGUGAAUAACAGACAAGGAUUCAAAAUAGGUUGGGACAUAGAUUAAACUAGAAAGGAAGAUUUGAAAAUUGCUGGCAAAGUUGGUUAAGACUAAAGGAAUACAAAUAAUGUUGCUUAUCCAGGAAAUAUCUAUUAGAAUGAAGUAUAUAAUGAUAAUAUCAGUAAAAAUAAGAUGAUGAUUAUAUGAAAUAAAUGUACUACUAAGAGAUGGUUAGGAAAUAAGAAUAGGCUGGAGUUGGAGUCUAACAUAAACAAUCAGAACAGUAUUAUUAAGAUUCACUUGAUCAAUAUGGGAAACCAUAUGGAGCUUAUAAUUAUAAUAAUUAAGACAAUCAUAAUCAUGAUUAUUAAUAACCAUAACUAUUGUAAUAAUCUAAUAAAUAUGAUCAUUAUCAAUAACCUAAUGAUGAUGAAGCACUCUAUUAAAAGGUAUAUAAUUUAUUUUAUAUUCUUAGUAUAAAUAAGGAAAUAAUGGCAACAAAGUCUAUUCAGCAAAACCACCAGUUUCACAAUAUAAUCCAAUCACUGGAGUUGCUUAUGGUGCUUAGAAUAAUCAGAAUACUUAUAAUGGAGAUACUGUCCAUUAAGGUGUUUCAUAUUAGAAAUCUAAUCCUUAUGAAUAAUAAUAAUAAUAGGAUGAUGCUCUCAGUCAAUUUAGUUAAUGUAAUAGAUAAAAUCCUAUUCAAUAGUAUAAUAGCAUAAAAUCACUUCUAUGAAAAAUAAGAACUCGAACAUCUUCAAUGCCGAUCUCCAAGAGACUGAGAAUAUAAACACUAGAUAAAAUAGUAGAGUUUUAAAUCGAAAGAAAGAAUUGGAUGAUGCUUAAUAUAAAGGAUAUGGUAAGUAACUAUUGUAACCGUAGGACAAUUUUACAAUAACCCUAUUGAAUAAGCUCCAAGUCAAUAUAGGGAAUAGAAAUUUGUAAACAGGAACAAGAUUGAUAAUCACAUAUUUCCAAAAUGA